ACAGAACCCGCGUGUGCGCAGUAGUCGGCACACGGCCAUCUUUGUCAAGUGUGUAACUUUUGUUGAUUUGUGAAAUGUGACGCCUGUGUGUGAGGGGUCAAAGUAAGGCAGUUUUAAUGUUAAAAUCCCUUGUAAUACAGUGCGUCGUUAGUUGAUAAUCAUUGAUUAAUAAUCCUGUCAAAAUAAAACAUUAUUAAUUACUCGAAAAAAAUUAAAAAAAACCAUUUUAAAUUGUGAGUGAAUAUAUCGUGAGUUUUCAAGGCGUUUAUUGUUUUUUGUUUUAUCCAACGACAAAUUCAUUUUUUUUUUUUUUUUUUAAUUUUUCUGGAUAACAAAAAAAAAAAAAAAAAGUGAUUGUGUGUGUUUUUAUCCAAGCCGGAGUAUAAGAAUAAAAAAAUAAACUAAGGAAAAACGGUUGGAUUAUUUAUGACGUAGUUGAAAGAUUGGUGUUUUUUAAAAUAAAGUGCAAAGGUGUGUUAAUUGUCAUAACCAAUAUGUGAAUAUUUUCGAGAAAACCCUCGUUAUUUAAAAGAGGGUCCACAAAAAACAAAUAAUAAAAAAUCCAGUGAAAACAAAUAAUCAACAUACAAAUAAAUUAAUUAAUUUUGAUAAUAUUUAAAAAACAUAAUAAUAAUAUUAAUAUUAAUAAUAAUAAUAAGAAAAUAUUAAGUAGAAUAAUAGAUUUUAUGAAAAUGGGUGAAUCAGCAUCAUCAGAUACUUGGUCACAUUGGUUUUUAGAUGCAAUACGUAAAAUUCGUAGUCAAAAACAACGACCAAGUGUUGAACGUAUUUGUCAUGCAAUACGUCAACAUCAUAAUUAUCAUGAAGAAGAAAUUGGUGAACAUUUAGAAAUAGCUGUUAAACGUGGUCAUGUAUUAAAAAUAUUUAAUAAAGGACAAUCAUCAUACAAAGAUCCUGGUGGUUUAUUAUCAAAACCAUUAAAAGUUAAUAAAACAACUGAUUUAUGUAAAGUAUUGGGUAAAGCUGUACGUGAAUUAGGUGAAAGAGAUGGUUCAACAUUAAAAAAUAUUGAAAAAUAUGUAAGACAAAGUCAUAAUGUUGAAGAAGAAUGUGAUGGUGAUUUAAAAAUUGCAUUAAGAGUAUCAGCUAAAAGAGCUGUUGAUAGAGGUUUUAUAUUACAAGAUGGUAGACUUUUUAGACAACCUGAUAAACCACCAGCUAAAAAAGUUGAUACACCAAAUUCAAGUAGUAAUGAUUCAUCAGUAUCACCAACAACUACAGCAACAACAACAACAGCAGCAACAACAACAACAACAACAACUCCAUCAUCAUCAUCAGCAAAAUUACCAGCACCAUUGCCAAUAUGUCGUGAAUGUCUGGGUACAACAUCACAAAAUAAUAACACAACAACAACGACAAAUAAUAAAAAAUCAACAAUUGAAAAAUUAAGUCGUUGUAGUGUUUGUGGUGCUGCAUUACAUUAUUCAUGUGCACCACCAGAAUUAACAAUUGUUGUUGAACGUGGUACAACAUGGUCAUGUGAUAGUUGUUCACCAACAUGUGCUGCUUGUAAAGUUGAACAUGAAACACAAAAUUAUUUAGUUAAAUGUUCUGGUUGUCCAAAAUGUUAUCAUCCAGCAUGUUUAGAUCCAGCAUUGGAUAAAAAAAAUAAAUUACCAUGGAGAUGUCGACAUUGUUUAUUAUCACAUGAUAAUAAUAAUGAUAAUAAACGUGGUAAUAAACAAAAUAAUGAUAUUAAUAAUCAUAGUGAUGUUACAACACCAAUUAGUGCUAGAAAAAGGAUAUCUAAAAUACGUGAAAAUCGAAAAUCAGCAGCAUCUAGGAAAAGUUUGGCAUUGACACCAACAACCAAGAAAUCAUCAUCAUCCAGAGACACUGGUACACCAGAAACAUGUGGCAGAGGUACAACGUUGUCACAGGUGGACAACAGCUCGGACGGUAAUGCGGGUGUUGUCUUCCCUCAUCAAUCAUCACCACCCACAACCACCACCACCACAACCACAACAAUCACAAUAAUCCCAUCCCAACAGUCAAUUGAUGAUACAUUAUCAAAUAACGCGAGCCAGGGUAGGCAAUUAGAAGAAAAAAAUGAUAUAAUAUCUAAAGAAAAACAAAAAUUUUUUAGAACAUCAGUAUUUAAUACUGAUCAUACUAAAUUAAAAACAAUUAAACGGGCUGUUGUUUUAGAUAAAAUUCAUAAUAUAGAUAAAACUGAUGACUCUAAAAAUAGGUCAUUGUUAAAUAAUAAAUCUGAUAAUACUAAUAAAUUAAAAACAACAAAUAAAUUAUCAACAUUAUCAUCGUCGCCAUCAUCAUCAUCAUCAAGUGUUAAAGCAAAUGAUGACAAUAGUGAAAAAUCAAACAACAAUAAUAGUAAUAAUAAUAGUAAUAAUAAUAGUAAUAUAAAAAAGAAAAAAUUAUUAAAUAAUAAAAAAAUUAUGGAAACUACAACAGCAACAGUAGCAGCAACAACAACAACCACACCAACAGCAACAACAACAACGACGACAACGACAACAAGUUCAAAUUCAAGUGGUGGUAGUAGUGAUACUGAAAAAUUAACUGAAUCAACAAAAAAUACUAGCAACAAUGAUGAUAAUUUAUUUAAAAUGAAUAAUAAAAAAAAAUUAUCAUUAUUUAAAAAUCAAUCAAUAUCUUCUUCUUCUUCUUCUUGUUCUUCAUCAUCUUCUUCAUCAUGUUCAUCUUCUUUGAAUAAUAAUAUAACAGUUAAAAAUAAAAAAUCAAAUGAACCAUUUUUAAAUGAUAAUAAUGACAAAGGUUUAUGGGGUUUUGCUGCUGCGGCAGCAAAACUUAGUACAGAUAAUACAUUUUUUCAUAGUAUAAAUAAUACAUUUGGUUGUAAUUUAAAAAGUUUAAAUAAAUUUGAUAAACCAACGUUUGGAUUACACAUACAACCAGCAGCAAGUCCAGUUGAUAAAGAAAAAAAUAAUAAUAUCAAAAUAAAUAGUGAUGACGAGGAUGACGAAGAUGACGACGACGAAGACGACGAGGAUGAUAAUGAUGAAGACAACAACGAUGACGAGGACAACGACGAUGAUGAUGAUGAUGAUUGUUUAAAAAAAGAUAUGAGACCUGGUAUUGGACAAUUAAAAGGACUUUAUGAUGGUUUAAGUCAUUUUUUUUUACCACCUGGACACAGUAGAGCACGUAAUAGUGAUAAAAUACCAAAUUAUGCACCAGAUAGAAGAAAAAAAAUAAUAAAUAAUGAUGAUAAAGAAUUAACAGUUAAAUUAAAUAACAAAAAUGAUUUAUUAAAAACAAAUAAUAAAUUAAAUGAACGUAAAAAUGAAAAAUUAAUUUCUAAUAAACCUGAUACAAAUGAAGAAAAAAGUGAUAAAAUUAUUAAUAACAAUAGUACUAAUAGUAAUAAUAGUAAUAAUAAUAAUAAAAUGACACCAUCAAAAUUAGUUAAAACAGCUGUUAAUUCAAAAAGACAUGAACAAAAUCGUAGAAAAUCAAUGAAUGCUGUUAAAUGUAUUAAUGAUUUUGGUGAUUCAAAAGAAGAUGAUAAUGAAUAUGAUAAAAAAAAAUUAACAAAAACAAUUGAUUGCCACCCUGUGCAGCAAAUAAAUACGAUAAAUCAACAUGAACAACAACAACAUGACUCCAAGUCCAAUCCUGGCCAGUCCAAAAAUUCCCAACCACGAGCCUGUACUAGCGCAACCACCACCAACACCACCACGACACCCCGCGCGACACCCUGCUCCAUCAGGAAGGAAGAAGUAUUGGUGCCACAGACACUACCACCAGGUGUAACACAAAAAGAUUUGGAGUUAUUUAAAUCAGCACGUGAAGUUGCAAAUCGUUUGACUGAUAAUACUGAAACAAAGGAUCCAUUAUCAACAAGUCCUGGUGGUACUGGACCAGGUGUUGGUACAAGAAAUCCAGCAGCAAUUGUAUUUGGACGUUAUGAAGUUGAAACAUGGUAUUCAAGUCCAUUUCCACAAGAAUAUGCAAGACUACCAAAAUUAUUCUUUUGUGAAUUUUGUUUAAAAUAUACUAAAAGUCGAGCUGUGCUUGAUAGACAUAUGGAUAAAUGCCAAUGGAGACAUCCACCAGCAACUGAAAUUUAUCGUUGUAAUGGUCUAUCAGUAUUUGAGAUUGAUGGAAAUGUCAACAAAAUAUAUUGUCAAAAUUUAUGUUUAUUAGCAAAAUUAUUUCUUGAUCAUAAAACACUUUAUUAUGAUGUUGAGCCAUUUUUAUUUUAUGCUGUUACUAAAAAUGAUAAACAUGGUUGUCAUUUAGUUGGUUAUUUUUCAAAAGAAAAACAUUGUCCAGCACAACGUUAUAAUGUAUCAUGUAUUAUGACAUUACCACAAUAUCAACGUCAAGGUUUUGGUAGAUUUUUAAUUGAAUUUAGUUAUUUAUUAUCAAAAGUUGAGGGUAUACCUGGUACACCAGAAAAACCAUUAUCUGAUCUUGGACGUGUUUCAUAUCAUUCAUUUUGGAAAUCAGUUGUACUUGAAUAUCUUGAUGCAAAUCGUAAUAUCAAAGAAAUUAAACUUGGUGAUAUUACCAAAGAAACUGGUGUAUCAUCUCAUGAUAUUGCAACGGCAUUACAACUACUUGGUUUUAUUCGUAAUUUAACAAAUAAUAAUACACAUACUAAUAACAAAAAUAAUAAUAAUAACAACAACAACAACAAUAAUAACAAUAACAGUGGUGAUAAUAAUAAUGGAAAAAUAAAUAAAAUUGGUAUUGUUAUUGAUUGGAAUAAAGUAAGUUUACAUAUGUUAAAAAUUAAAAAAUGUAAACGUAUACAACUUGAUCCUGAGUGUUUACGUUGGAUACCAUUAUUAACACAAAUACCAAAUCCAUAUUUAUCACAAGAUGAUGGUGAUUUAAGUUGUGAAAAUUCACCAAUUAUUGAACAAAAACCAGUACCAACAAUUGUUGAAAAAAUACAAAAAGUUAAAAUUAAGAAAAAACCACGUGGACGUAAAAAUAGUGGUAGAAAAAUAAUAACAAGAAAACAACAAAUUAAUAAUAAAUUAUCAUUAAAAAAUAAUGAAACAUCAAAUAAAAAAGAUGAUGGUUUAAUAAUUGAUGAAAAAGAAAAUGAAGAAGAAGAAGAUGAUGAUAAUAAUAUAAAUAAUUUAAAUGAAGAAAAUAAUGAAAGUCAAAAUGAUAAUGAUAAUGAUGAAGAAGAAGAUGAUAAAAAAUUAUUAACACCAAGAAAUUCAAAAAAUAUAAAUAUUAAUACAAGAAAUUCAAGUGUUAAAAGAAUAAUACGUCCACCAAAAUCACUUAUUGAUGAUUGUGUUACAUCAUAUGAUAAUAAAAAAAUAACAGUUACACCAACACGUAAACGUAAACAUUCCGAAAAGACUGAUAAUGAUGAUGUUAAUAAUAAAAUUGAAAAGAAAACACCUAAAAUAUUUAAUUCACGUAAACGUACACGUGAUUCAUUGAAAGAUAAAAUUAAAGAUAAUAUUGAUGCUGAUAAUAAUAAUGAUAAUGAUGAUGAUAAUAAUAUUGAUGAAUCAGUAAAUAAAAAUACAGAUAGUGUUAAUGAUAUAGUACAAGCUAAAAAACGUUGUAAAUUAGAUGAUAUAUUGAUUAAAGUAACAAGUCGUCAAAAUAAAACACCAGCUAAACAAACAAAAAAUAAUAAAAAACAAAUUAAUAAUAAUAUUGAUGAUGAAAAGUGUGAUAAUGAAAAGAAUAUAAUUGCCAAAGAAAAAAAUGAUAUUUUAUUGGAUAAAGAAUGUGGAAAAAAUAAUGAUGAUGAUGAUGAUAAUAAUAAAGAAACACCUGUUGUUGUUGUGACACCAAUAUCAACACCGUCAUUGACAAGAAGAAGAGGUAAAGCAAUAUUAAAUAAAAGCAACAUUGAAUUAACAUCAGCAGCAGCAACAACAACAACAGCAACAGCAGCAACAACAACAACAACCACAGCAACAGCAACAGCGGCAGUGACGACGACGACGACGACAACAACAACAGUAGUACUUAAACAAGAUAAUUUAAAAGUUGAAAAACCAAAAAGAAAAUACAUGACAAGUUUAGCAAGAUCAUCAUUAAAUAAAAAUGAAACAAAAUUAUCACGUAGUACAUCAAAACAAUUGACAAUACCAGAAAUGGUUAGUCAAAAUUCAGCACGUAAAAAACUUGCUGAUGAAGAAAAGAAAAAGAAAGCUGAUAAUAAAAUAACUGAUGAGUUACCAGUUACAGUUACAAUUGAAAAUGAUAUUGCAACAGCAAGUCCUGGUGAAUAUGAAGGUGGUGAUGAGGAUGAUGGUGAAGAAGAUGAUGAAGAUGUACCAAGAUCAAAAACCAUUAAUAAAUGUAGAAAUUUAACAAAUAAAUUGAAAAAAUCACAGAAAAAAAUUGAUAAAUCAGUUGAAUCAAUACCGGAAAAAAUUAAUUGUCAGCCUAUUAUUGAGCCAGAAGCUGAUACACAAAAUAUUAUUAUUGAAGAAGAAGAAAAACAAGAAAUUGUUCAAGAUAAUUCAACGAAAGAAAAAACACCUGAACCAGUAAAAGUGACGGCGACAAUAACACCAACAACAACAACCGAUACAAGUCAAGAUAAAAAAUUAAUUAAAAAUGAUUUAUCAAGUGUUAAAGAAUCAAAUGAACAAAUGAUAAUUGAAAAAAUUUCUGAUAAAUUAGAAACAUCUACAUCAUCACCAUCACCAGUAUCAUCAAAUAUACAAGAAGAUAUUGAAAAACCAGAAAAACAAAUUGAAGAAAUAAAAGAAAUUGAAGAAAUUAAAAAAUCACAAGAUAUUGUAACAGCAAUUCCAGUUUUAAUACCAGAAUUAAAAAAAUCAAUAGAAUUAUCACAAUCACAAGAUCAAAAUAAUAUUGUUUACAAAGAAGUACUUAAAAUUGAUGAUAAACAACAACAACAACAAAUUGAUAAUCAAGAACAACAAAAUCAACAAACAUCAAUUUUACAAAAUAAUAAUAAUAAUAAUAUUACUGAUGAAAAACAAAAUUCACCUGAAAGUGGUGAUACAACAAUACACUUGGAUAAUCCAGGUUCAGUUAAAAGAACACCACCAUCACAACCAGAUUUACCAUCAAUGGGUGUCUAUACACCUGAUUCAACAACAAAUUCAGUUCAUUCAUUGCAUUAUGCACAAUGUGAUUUAGAUGUAUCACAACUUGGUCUUGAAUCACCAACAUCAAUUGCAAGUGAUUUAGCAUCACAACAUAGUAUUGAAAGACCACCAAGUGUAUUGCCAAUAACAACAACGACAACAAUAACAACAGCUAUACCAACUCCAACACCACCAACACCAACACCAUCAAUAAUAACAACACCACCACCACCACUACCACCACCAACAACGCAUAACAACAAUAGUAACAACAACAAUAUGAUUAAUAAUACAAAUAAUAAUAAUAACAACAAUAAUAAUAAUAAUAAUAUAAUUAGUAAUAUUGUUGUACCACCACCAUUAUUAUCAUCAUCGUCAUCAUCAUCAUCGGUACAAUUACCAACAAUGCCACAAUAUGAAUCAAUACAUUGUAUACAACAUCCAGCGCAUAUUACAAUGCAUACAAUGCAUCAAACAAUGCAAGGAUCAAGAGUAUCAUCACAGUCAUUACAUGGAUCACACGGUGGAACACAUUUAACUCAUGGAUCACAUGUAGUAACACAUGGAUCACAUGGAUCAGCUGUUUGUUUGCCAAUGCAUUCACCACAGGCAAUGGCACAACAAUGUCAUACACCACAAUCAAUGCCACAACAGUGUCAUACACCACAGCCAAUUAGUCAGAGUCAUACACCACAACCAAUGCCACAACAAUGUCAUACACCACAGCCUCAUCCACAAAGUCAUACGCCACAGCCAAUGCCACAACAGUGUCAUACACCUCAGCCUCAUCCACAAAGUCGUACACCACAACCAAUACCUCAAAGUCAUACACCACAGCCAAUGCCACAACAGUGUCAUACACCACAACCAAUGCCACAACAGUGUCAUACACCACAGCCUCAACAGCAACAUCCACAAAAUAAUCACAAUCAAUCUAUUGCCCACAAUCAUAAUCAACAAAAUCAUAAUACUACUCAUACACAGAGUAUACAAACUCAAAGUCCUCAACCGGUACAAUUGAUGAAUCUUCAAGGCAACCAUCAUCAACAGCAACAGCAGCAACAACACCAACAGCAGCAGCAGCAGCAACAACAACAACAACAACAGCAACAGCAACAGCAACAACAACAGCAGCAACAACAACAACAACAGCAACAGCAGCAACAACAGCAGCAGCAACAACAGGCAAAUCAAAAUCAUCAACAUUCAACGACAACAACAACACAAUCAUCUGGUUCAUCAAAACGUGGCAAUAGUUCACAAACUCAUAGAUCAAGAUCAAGUCAACAACGAUCAUCAUCAUCAUCAUCGUCAGGAGCAGCAUCACAUCGUGUAACACCACCGUCAUCAUCGUCCACAUCAUCAUCAUCAUCUUCAUCAUCAUCGGCAGCAGCAGCAGCCGCAGCAGCAUCACAGCAUAAUAUAACAAGUCAUUCUGGUAAUCAUACAACAGUUGCACAUGUUAGUACAACAUUAUCAUCACAAUAUCAACAAUCACCAAUGUCUGUACCAGCACCACCACCACCAUCACAUCAUGGGCAUGCACAUUCACAUAAUAUGGCUGUAAUAUCACAGGGUAAUUAUAUGACAACAGUUACUGGACAAGGUUUUCCAUCACAAAAUGCAUAUGUCAUACAACAUCGUGGUGGUGGAAGAACAGUAACAUCAACACCAGGUACAACUGGUACAAAUUUUUAUAUACAAAGUACAAUACCACCACCACCACCACAUUCACAUACACCAAAUCCAUCAUCAAUACAAACAAACAAUCAUCAAACUCCAAAUUCAUGUAGUAUUGCAAAAUUACAACAGUUAACAAAUGGUUUAGAUAUGCUAACACCAUCACCAUCACCAUCAAUGAAUUUAACACCACCACCACCAAUACCACAUGCAAUAACACCAUCACAAAAUUCACGACAAUUAACAACACCACCACAAGUACCACUUGGUUAUUCAAAAAAUUAUUACAAUACAAAUUCAUCAAUAUCACCAGUAUGUACUAGUGGUGGUACAACAAGUAGAUCAUCAUCAAGAUCAUCAGCAAAUACAAAUAUGAGUUUAACAUCAAGUUAUCCAACUGAAAGUUUAUACAGACAAACACUUGAUCCAGCAAGUGGUUGUCCACAAAUGCAAACUGCUGGUUCACGUGUAUCAUCAAAUGUAACACUAAAUACAAAUUUAAUGGCUGCUGCACAGUAUGGCUAUAGAGUUGCACAACCAACAACUGGCUAUAUGAAUCCAGCAGCACAAAUUGGAGGUUUUAUUAAUCAAUCACAAUUACCAGUUGGUGUUGUUAAUGUACCAACACCUUAUUCACAAAAUCCACAUCAACAAAAUCCAACAACUGUUUAUUCUUAUCAUGAUUAUAUUAAUGGUAAUAUUCUACCAUCACUCAAUGGUAGUACCAUGAGACGAUAAAAAAAAUAGAUUUUCAAUUUAAAAAAAAAUUAUAUUUAUAUACGAAAAAAAAUAAAAUAAAA